AUGAUGGAGAAGACUACGACGACGACAACGGCGAGUGGUGCACACGAACCUCAUAGAAAAGAAGUCGAAACUAAGCACCAGCCAACACCAGCCUACUCCUACUUCUUCUUCGCCUUCCUCGCCACCGCCAUCACCCUCGUCCUCACGCUGCUGAUCACCCACCACCGAAGUUCAACUGUUUCGCAGUCCUAUCACCUGAUCCCGCUGCACGACCUCCACGAGACGAUCCGCGACCGCGACUACGCCAUCGUCUUCGACGGCGGCUCCACCGGCACGCGCGUCCACAUCUUCAGCUUCCUCAUCAAGCCGGAGCUGAAGCAGCGAAAGAUACUGCUCGGUGGGGAGAGCUACUUCUACGUGAAGCCCGGCCUCAGCUCCUAUGCGGCCAACGUCUCUGGGGCGGCCUGGAGCCUGGAGCCGCUGCUGAGGGCGGCUGGGCGCCAUGUUCCCUCGCUCCUGGCCCCGCAGACGCCGCUCAUUCUGAAGGCGACUGCAGGGCUGAGGUUGUUGCCUGGGGAGGUGUCGCAGGAGAUUCUGGACAGUGUCCAAAGAAGGUUGGAGGCUUUGCCUUUUAAAGUGGCCACCGACGCCGUCUCGAUGCUGGCCGACCAGGACGAGGGCCUCUACGCCUGGUACACCGUCAACUUUCUGCUCGACCGCCUGCACAACAUUAGCGAGUCGAUUGCCACGCUCGACCUAGGUGGCGGCUCGACGCAGGUCACCUUCAGCACGGCCGAUGUUAAUACCCUGGUGAUGUCCCCGCCCGGCUUCAUCACCCGGCAGCACAUUGAGGGCGAGCCGGAGUACAUCUACUCGCACUCCUACCUCGGAAAUGGGCUCAUGUCGGCGCGGGAGGCCAUUCUGCUGCGGUACUCGAGGGUGGUCGGCGAGGAGCGGGGUGUCUUCUCGUCGGAACACCACCACCUUGAGAAGGUGCACUACCGGGUAAUGAGCCCCUGCUUUCGGAGUCUGGGAAACCACAGCAGCACCUCGUGGACCUCCUUCAACGGCCACCGCUUCACCAUCGGCUAUGACCGGUCGGUGGCGGCUGAAGAGUAUGGCAGCGACUUUGCCGCCUGCUACCAGGCGGCGCAGCACCUCGUCGACGCCUCCGCCAUUGACCGCCCUCCGGAGCUGGCCCAGCGAGCCGUCUACGCGAUGUCCUACUUCUACGACCGCAUGAAGGACAUUCGCGUGGUGAGGGAGGAGUCCGGGUACGUCAAGGUGCGCGAUUACUUUCGCUACGCGGAGCACCUCUGCGGCGGGACGAUCCGCCUGAAGCGGCAGUCCCCUUUCCUUUGCCUCGACCUCGCCUACAUUGCCGCCUACCUCCAUGAUGGCCUGGGGCUGCCGCUGCACAAGGAUAUUCUGCUGAUCAAGAAGUUCAAGGGCAUCGAGAUUAGCUGGGCGCUCGGAGCUGCCAUCAAUCUCUUUGACAUUCACUAA